AUGGACAGAAUUAUCUCGGCCUCUGACGAACCGGGUGACCAUGAUACUUCCUCGGAUAUAGAAGUCUCUGGGUCGUCCGUCCGCCAGCUUCAGGAUCAUACGUCCCAUGAAGGAGAUCUUUUGGAUCAAGUACAAGCGCUGAGUCUGUCCAUACGUCGGCUUGAAAAAGAGAAUUGGUCGCAAGGACGAGAGCUCUCUUCCCUCAUGGACGAUGAUGACGCGGAACAUGAUCGAUUCCGCAGGGCCAUCGUGACCAAGAAUGAAGAAAUUACUGCGUUGCAAGCUACGGCAGACUCGCUACAGCGGCGCUGGCAAGAACAUGUCGCGGGUCAGUGGUCAGAAAGCGCCUCGGUGCACCCCAACAUCGGGGCAUGCCCCGCUCCAAGUCGCGAACACUACAAUUGUUCCUUCCCUCCGCAAGAUCGGGAAAAAUGCAUGAAGAAUAGGGACACCUGGCGCAUCAUUCUCAGCCAACUUAAGGAAAGGUUAGCCAAGAGGCUUGAGUGUGCAGAGGCGCGCGCCCAACAUUGUCAGCAGAUCAUAAGCAGAAUCCAGAAAGAGAUAUCUCUCGUCCAACCUUCCGCGUUGUCAUGCAUCCUUGCGAAUCCUAUAGCCGACAGAGGACCUUCAACAUCUGCACUGGAGGUAUCAGACGGCUCUGUGAAAGAGCCUGUCAAAGUCAAGAAGAAUGCCAACAAGAUUGCUAAGCAGCGUAAUGAGAAUACGGCACGUAAUCAUUGCUUGCGCGAUUGGUUGCAAGACCAUCCGCGUGGGACCAACGGUCAAUUCGAUGCACACUGGAGGAAUAUACGAGCCAACGCUGACCUUCUCAAACCAUACCAAGAUCGUGCCCGUAAGGACGUUGUAGUGGGCAAGGCGAAGCUAAACCACGACAAGCCCGCCAAGCUCUCAGGAAAGAACACCGCACGGUAUUUGUUCAGGCAGAUAACCCAAGAGGGUGCGCGUGCCGCAGGCGGUGAUUUGGAGGAAGACCUGUAG